GUCAGUUAAGCGUAUUUCACAUAUUAAUUUAUCUACAUGCAAAAACGCGUUGUUUACAUUGACACGCUUGUGUGCCUACGUGAACCAAAAUAAGGACACAAAUCAAUAAAGUGGUAAAAUAUAGAAUGUUGUUUCGAAUACAUUCAUUUUAGAUUUAAAAUGGAGAGAAAAAUACUUAUAGGAAUGGACUUGGUAUUAUUUAUUACAGUUACAUUAGCAUGGGAUUGUUCUGACCGGGAAGAACAAAAGAAACAUACUUGGUGUGAAAAUGGCUGUUGUUUCGACAAAGAUCCGGUUCGAUGUUGUACGUGGGUCGAGUCAAUGGGCUCGGUCUUUUGGACAAUUAUGGGUCUAGGUGCGGGCAUGCUUUUAUUAUCAAUUAUUGUUGGUAUAGUGUGCUGCUUGCGGAAGAAAGAAGGGGUUGCAGGAGAAGUAAUAUCAAUUAGGCAGGAACCACCGCGAGAAGGAUCAGCAUUAAAUUCAUUCAGCACGUCACCAAGAAAUACUCCACGAACCCCUACCGCGCCAAAUAUAAAUUCCAACUUUACUCAUCAUACAGAUAGAAAUGAAUGGACUAUUUAUCAAACUAAUGAAACCAGUGCAUCAAAUGGUGAUUUAAGACCAUCAUCUAACAGAGCUACAUCAGCCAAUCAUAACAUUAACAGUGUAACAAAUUACACAAAUACAGGCACAGGCCAGCAGGCAAGGCCUCAGCUUAAUGCGCAAAGAAACACAGAUCAGCCGCCAGCAUAUGAAAGUUUACCACCGUCGUAUUCAAGUUUAUUUAACGCCAACAGUUGAUGAACAGUAUGGGUUUGCUCAUUUUAAAGGGUGGAAAAUCACCACUGUUAUCUCAAAGUAUCCAUACUAAAGACUAAAUAGUCUUUAUUUUUAUAAUAAAACAUGGCAUGUGAUAAGAACAUCACUGCCAUUCACACGUGCGUGCAGGAUAAAGGAGCAACUCUGUGAUACAAAUAUUUAUUUUAUAAUAUUAUGAAUAUGAUCUGUUAAGAUUCAUUUAACAUGUUAUAAGUGAAAAAGGUAUUUGACGUAUGUUUAAACCAAGUUUUUGGCAUUCAUCACCCAAUUCAUUAUAUCAAACGCAUCUUUUAGCCAUUUCCGUCAAACUUGGGAUAAGCACCUGGAAAUACACAGAACGGAAACGAUGUAACCUACGCUGAGAAACUAAACAUGUAAACAGAUAUUAAUUUAAUACUAUACAAUUAGUGACUCUUGUGCCAUUGAAUAUGAAAUGAUAUUCACCAGCAGGUGACAUACUGACCGAGGCAAUAGCCGAGGGCAAUAUGACUUUCUGCCGGUAAAUAUCAUAUCUUAUUCAAUGGCUCACUAGUCAAUAAUUGUUUUAUUAUAUGUAUAGCCUUUACGAAUUAAAAAAAAAUCUCAAAGAGAACAUGUUCAACGUGUGUCUGUUUCGUUGAAGCGCGAGAAAAAGACGCACUUGUCAGGCAUGCAACAAAUACGAGAACGUGCGCAUACAAAAUAAUUUCAAGUCUUUAUUCAUAAUUGCGGUGUAACCUUUUACUACAAUAGUAAAAUAAUGAUAUUUUAAUCGAAAAAUAUGCCAUAUAGAACACAACGCAGCAAUUAAUUUUCCUUAAGCACGCGUUAUUAACAGUGUACGAUAUAUGGUCACAAUCUAUUUUUUGACAAUCCAAUUCAGCCAGUGAAUAUGAUACUACACCCAGUGAAUAUGAUUUUAUGAAAAGUUCCGUUGACUACUGCUUGGACCAAUGAGAUUGCAGCUAUAUUUAGAUAAAAUAAAAUAUCUUCCCGUUUGCUGGAAAUCGUAGUCGUGUACUUACAAACAUCUAGAGCUAUAAUUUUUAAAUCACUGUAUAUAACAAUCAAGUAAUAUUUGUUCAAAUAAUCUAUGCAAUAUUAACAAUCAACUUUAUUUGUGCACCUAUAUGGAAUAGUUUAAAAAACCGUUAAUAGUAAGCAUAUUAUUAUGAAUUUAUAAUUAGAAAAUAUUAAAUCGAUGUCCUAUGACUAUAUAUGUAUUGAAUUAUAUAAAUCGUAUGAUUACAACGUUUCUGUAGUUAUUUAUUAAAACAUGAAAGUGUCUUUAAGGUUUUUACUGUUGAAAUGUACACAAAUAAUUAUUAAGGGGCUGGGGGAGGGGGUAUUUGUUCGUUUGUGUUUAAAGGGUUUUUAUUUAACAUUAAAUUCUGUGUCAUCAUUGACAUAUUGAUAAUUUUCAUCGAUGAAAUGUCUGUAAUUUUGCAUGCAUUUUGUUGCUAUUUUGUAU